AUGGCUCUGGAGAUCAAACUUCCAAGCAGGGGGCCAGAGGUGCCUAGCAAAGGAGAAAUUGACUCUGAGAUCGACGUGAAAGCACUGGAACGGCUGCUCACUGACUACCUCUUCUCCAAGAGCAUCGGCACCCUCAAUCCACCCAAAUUUGGCGAGGUGCUUGGGGCCAAACGAUUGAGGGGUGAGCAUCUUUGCGUGCUCUACUCGGUGCAAUGUGGGCCAGAGAGGCCCUAUGAAGAGAUUGGGGAGGAAGACGAGGUUUUCGAGGAGGUGGCCUAUGUGACGGACUAUAGCAGCAUCUCAGACGUGGCUGUCUUGAAGGAGUGCCCCGCACGGGAGUAUGGGGAGCGCCGUCUGAUGCAGCAGCGGCCCAUGUACUGGUACAAUGCUUGCUGGGCCAAGGAGGCUCGCCGGCAGCUACCGGACGUGGCGGUGGGCUUAUGGCCAGGCGCCAGCGAGGCAGAGGCCUAUGAUGAGAUGCGAGAUGCAAAGGGUCGCUGCCGGCCUGCCUACGUCGGAGUGGUGGCCCAGGUGGAGCAAAUCUUGAAAAGCAAGCCGAAGCGCAUCAAUGACUUCAAAGAAGAGUCUGAGAAGUGCUUCAAGGGAGACAAUCGUUUGUAUCACAUUCCGAGGGUCCUCACUCGCCAGGAGGCAGACACAAUCAUUGCUGGGGUGGCGCAGCGCGCGCAAGCACUGCGCCGACUGGUGAUGGACGUGAACUCCCGGAAGGAGAUGAAAGUGGGUCAAUUGAGCUGUGUGCGCAGCGGCGCGCUGCCACGGGAAGUCUUCACGCGCAUCGCAGCCCGCGCGGGUGAACAGUGGGCCCAAAACCUGGUGCAGAAGGAGGGGUUUUGCAGGUCCUGUGCAGGACAUGCCAUGUGUAGAUUGCCAUCCUUUGCAGAGGCUGUGGAGAAUUCCUGUGGAGGAAGUGGUCCUUUUGAGGAUUGCUGGAACCCCAGUUGUCAAGCAGAGCCUUUUGCAGGACAUGGUUUCUUGGCAGCUCUUCGGAGAGCUGUUUGUGCCUGCAGCUGCUUAAAGCUUCAAACUUUCCAAGCAAUUCAAAAUUGUAUUUGGCUGUGCUGUCCUGAGAUGGGCACUGCACCAAGUACGGUGGAGGAACCAGCUCCUAUGGAGGAGCAGCCCUCCUUCUGGAGCUCAGAGCUUGCCCGCCAAUAUGUGCUUGCAAUGACUGAAGCAACCCAAUCAGGGCAGACAGACUGGUUGCGACAAUGCGCAUGCUGCGGCCAGGCCUCCUAUUUUCGACAGACAGUGUGCAUGAAUCCACACUGUCAGUUGAGUUUCAUGAGGAUGCAGCCCAUGGAAUUGAGGAUUGCGUUACAGUCACCACCAGGUACACCUGACCAGAUGGAAGCCAAAAAGGUAGAGCGCAUUGCCAAAGCCAUUGCUGCAUCUGUGCCUGACCCCCGUACCAGUUCCCAAGGCACCAGUUCCCAAGGUACCACUUCGCAAGAUGACAAUGCUGGCAAGUGGAACUGGCACAAAAAAUCUGGGGGAGGCCAAAAGAGGAGGCAAUGGAUCAGUGCCGUGAAACAGGGAAAACAUCCCAAAACAGGCCAACCGCUGCAGUGGAGGAAGCAGUGGUUCAAAGAUGCUGCUGGAUGCUGGAAGUGGGAGUGGGAACAGGUGGAGGAAUCCAAAGCAUCUGGUACGAAAGAUUCCAAAGCGCCUCCUGCCAAAGCUCGUCCAGUACUCCCUCCAGCUGCAAAAGAAAAGGCAGCUGCAGACAAAGCAGACAAAGCUGCAGAAGAAAAGGCAGCUGCAGACAAAGCUGCAGAAGAAAAGGCAGCUGCAGACAAAGCUGCAAAAGAAAAGGCAGCUGCAGACCUGAAGGCCCUCCAAGAAGCAGCAGCUGGCCAGGCACCCUCAACCUGGCCACCAAUGCCAAGCCUAAUUGUGCCCUCCAGCUCAUCCAGCAGCAGUGCUGGAUAUGGUGGCUCAUCAGUCUCUUUGGAUGACAUUCCAAGGUUCAUCACAGUGUUUCUGGCUGCAGCUCGAGAUGCGCCACCUCGAAGUGGACCUACAAUCAUUGACUUGACCCCUACCUUGACCCCUUGGGGUCAAGACAAAGGCAAUGCCUCCUAUGCCUCCUUGGCACAGAACAAGGAGUCGAGCUAG